AUGGGGCAAGCCCGGGACCCUCCUCUCUUGCUGCUGCUGCUGCUCAUGAGUAACCACAUGGGGACCGGCUUGGAUCACAUCUCCUACACUCCCCAGAUCUCACCCCAUGCCCUGGAGGGGAAGGUCACUUCAUCUACCUUCUCCCUGGACCAGCCGAGAUGCAUCUUCACAGAGCAUGCCAACUCAACAGAUGCCAUCUGGCUGGUGGUAGCCUUCAGCAAUGCCACCAAGGAUUUCCAGAACCCCAAGACCGCAGCAGAGAUCCCCUCCUACACUGAACUGCCAACGAGCUUUUACUACAUGACCCUGAAGCUGUCUAUUGACCACUAUCCAUGUGAAAAAGAAGACAUCGCUGUUCUCCGUGUGGGCAGUGACACCAGCUGCCUCCGAAACCUAAGGCAGGAGUAUUGUAAUGCUCCCCUUCCAGUCCCUGGCCCUUACAGCGUGAAGUUUCUUGUGAUGGACAACAAUAGCCAGCCCAAGGCCGAGACGCAGUGGUCUGACCCAAUUACUCUCAACCAAGGAAAGGACCCUAGGAGCAUUGACAUGUGGCCCGGCGGGAGAAGCGGCUGCAUGAUCGUCAUCACCUCCAUCUUGUCCACCUUAGCUGGACUCCUGCUGCUGUCCUUCUUCAUCGCCUCCACCAUCCAAUUCUCCAGCCUCUGGUGGCCCGAGGAAGCAGCCCCACCUGAGCAGCUGCAUGUCGGCUCCUUCAUUGGGAAACGCUACGUGACCCACCACAUCCCCCCCAGCGAGGCGGACACACUGCCUGUGGGCAGGGGGCCCCCCCUGUCCCCCAGCCCUUGUCCAGGACCCACUGUCUAA